AUGCAAUUUCAUAUUCUUAUCGUUAAUUUAAUGGUGCUACCAUGGUUUAUAAUCGGUCAAAAAUCACAUAGUUAUUCUGGUCAAUAUAGUUUUCCUGUUGUUCAUAAUUCAUCUCAACAAGAAAAUCCAUUAAAACAAUCAACAAAUAAUGGUCAAAUUUCUUCAUCUAAUUCAAAUAUUAAUUAUUUAGUUGGCAAUUUCUCUCAAUCAUAUUCAUUUCUAGUUGCACCACGAUCAAUACAAGUAACUUAUUUAAGUUUAAAUGGUUAUCCAUUGUAUAUAAAGAGUAUUGGAUUUUCAAAUAAAUCAAAAUUUAAUUAUGAUGAACAAAAUAAUUAUUUAACAAUUCAUUCACUUGAUAUAACUACAGUUGGUUAUUAUUCAGCUAUUGAUGUUAAUUGGAAAUCAUUUACGAAUAUAAUUAGUGCUAUUAAUGUUUCGUCACUUGAAAUUCAUAAUUUUCAUAUUAGUGAAGAUAAUAAUGAUUCAUCACUUGUAUCAUGUUCUGUAUCGAUAAUACGUUCAACAUUUAAAUUAUCUGAACUAUCUUUACAAACAAAUAAUCAAAUAUUUAAAUCAAUCGAUAUAGAAAAUUUACCACGUCUUGAUUUAUUUAUUUCAACUUCAACAUUUUCAUCAUCAAUAUUAUCAAAUAAGAAAAUUUAUAAUGAUACAUUAAAUGAACAAUAUUUUACACGUCGAAUUAUUAUAGAACGUCCAUUAACACGUGCUGAUCAUAAUAAAACAAUUCAAUGUCAAGUUGAAUCAAAUAAUAAUAUUGAAAUUUAUUUAAUAAAAAAUGUUUCAAUUAAUAUUGAAUAUGGACCAAAUUUAGAAACAGGUGCAUUAUCAAAAGUUCGUUUAGAAAGUGAAACAUUAAAAACGAUGGAAAUGGAAUGUCAGAUUGAAGCUAAUCCAAAUCCAUCAUAUGUUUGGUAUGAAAUUUCAAGUAAUAUAUCAACAGGAACAAUGUCAGAUUAUGAUCAAAAAAAUUCUUAUGGACGAUUAAAUACAAUUGAACAAAGUGUUUUUGGUACAUCAAAACGAAUUGAAAGAAUUUAUCAAGAGAAAGGACAAUAUAUAAUGCAAUGUCAAGCACAAUCAAGAGGAAAAACUGUUAAACAAGAAUUUUCUAUUUUUAUUAAUCCACAAUCAACUUCUAUGAAAACUAAUUCAUAUAUAGAUUUAGAUCGACAAAAAUCAUAUAAAAUUCCAGUGUUACUUGCAAUAAGUAUUGGUAUUAUUUUACUUUUACUUAUUCUUGCAAUUAUUAUCGCUACAAUUAUCUUUCUAAAACGACGAGUAAUAAAUCCAAAUGAAAAAAAUUCAAGUACUGAAAAAUUAUCAGAUGAUAAACAAGGAAAAUCUCGUUGGGGUAGUUUACCAAUUGAUUAUUCAAAAUAUAAACAUGAAUCAUUAAAAACUGAUUCAUCAUCAACAUCACAUUUAGUUGAAUCAGUUGAAACAACUUCAAUUCAACCACCACCACCAAUACCACCUCGUCCAUCUCCAAUGAUAAGUACUCAAUCAUCUUAUCGUCAAACUCCAUUAACAUCAGUCUCGCUUUCAUAUCGUCAAGCAAGUGCAUUGCCUGGUUUUCGUCCAUCAUCAAAUCCUACACGUUCAUUUUCUCCUGAACAUGAUGAUGCUGAUGAUAUAAGUACAAGUAUUAAUGCAAUACCAUUAACAAUAAAUCGUUCACGAACAAAUACACCACUUGGUUCACAUAGAUCUCUUUCAGAAUCAAUACAAUCAUUAAGAUCAAAUCAACAAACAGGAAUUUCAUUACCUAUCAAAAAACGUUUACAUGAUUUACCACCAAUUCUACCAAAACGUGAACAAAAAACACCAUCACCUAAUUUAUUUCAAGCUAAAACUGAUUAUCAACAUCAUCAUUAUCAUAAUCCAACACAAUUACAAACACAACAACAAACAAAAACUGAUAAUACAUCAUCUGAAGAUGAAGAAUUUGAACAACAACAAAAUAAUCAAAUAUCGGAAGAUUCAAUGGUAUUUUAUUCCUAA